AAAUAACGUCGCGUAUGGACCGAUUCGCUUACUUCACUGCCUGGAAUAACUUUAAUAAGAUGUAAACGUGAAAUGAUCCGAACUUCGUUCUGAAGCGAUCAACAGGCGAGUGCUCCAAAUAUAAAAAUAGAAAUACGGAACAGUCGUCGACACGUUGAGCCGGCUUUCUUAAAACUACAGUGAUUAACCUUAAAAUUAAAUGAUUAUUAAGAUUUAAAAAUUCACCUAAAGAGAUUUUAAAUAAUAUUGAAAGAAAAACAAAAUUCCAAGCCUUAAUACCGAACCAUGGCGCAAAAUAUUGAGGGAUUCUUCAAGAAGUUUCAUGAUAAUAUAAACAACGCAAUAGACGACGUGACAAGAAAUAAUUUCGCAAAUUUAGAAUCGAAUUCAAAACGGGUUUUGUACCUGAGCUCUCUACCAAUAAUUAAAAAUUACGAUCUCUCAACUGAUGUACGUGACGUGGAAGUCGGCGGUGAUUUUCCAGUUAAAAAGGAAUUAGAAAAAUCUCGAGCUCUCAAAAAUGAAGGGAACAAAGCCGUCCAAAAAGGCGAUUGGAUCAAAUCGUUACAAUUGUACAGUCAAAGUUUAUUAUUUAUGCCACAAAAAGAGAGUGAAGAGAUGUCAAUUGUCUAUGCGAAUCGUUCAGCAGCUUUAAAUCAUUUGGAACAAUUUGAAGAUGCUCUUUCAGAUAUACAACGUUGUCUAUCAUUGGGUUAUCCUCGGCACUUAAGGUAUAAAGUUUAUGAGAGGAGAGCCCGAUGCCUACUCGUUUUAAAAAGGAACCAAGAGGCAGUUAAAGCUUUUCAAGACACAAUCAUUGCCUUGGAUGAAGCUAACAAUUUAAACAAGGAAAAAAAACAAAAAUUGAGAACAGAUGCAAAACUCAUGUUGGAAGUUUUAAAUAAAGGACUAGUACUAGCUGGAAAUCCAAAGGACCCCGAACCAUUAAAGAAAACUCCACCGAAACCCAAGUUGCCUGGGAAGCAAAACUCCCAAUACCCGGCUGCUUCCGACGCUAUUCAAAUUGAUUAUGACAAUGAAAAGGGCAGGUUUGCUACAGCGGCUAAAGACAUACAGGCUGGCGAGGUUUUACUUAUUGAAAAACCUCAUAGUGGCGUUUUAUUAGGCGAAUAUUGCAAAACACACUGUCAUAAUUGUUUCAUAAAAUGUCCAAUUCCCGUACCGUGUCCGAAAUGUCCGAAUGUAAUAUUUUGCAGUGAUAAAUGCUUAAAAACUGCAUUCCAAUCUUAUCACGGAUACGAGUGCCAUAUUCUACCGCUCCUAUGGAAAUCAGGUUGUUCUAUAACUUGCCAUAUUGCUGUAAGAAUGAUCACCCAAAAACCGAAAGAAUAUUUUACGCAAAUAUACAACGAUUUGGAGAGUAAACCAUCAGGGAUAUAUAAAACUGACGAUUACAAAAAUAUAUUCCAUUUAGUUGCACACGAAGACAAAAGAACAAAGCAAGAUUUUUUGCACAGGAGUCAAAUGACAUUAUUUUUACUCAAACUUUUAGAAUUAAGUGGCUAUUUCGAAGGUAAACAUAGGGAAAGAGAAAUAGGACUUGACGAAAUGAAGACAAUGAAAAUCGGAGAAGCUUACAGCGACGAUAUCGCUUUAUUUGGUAGCCUUAUUUUGAAGAAUCUUCAAAUACUUCAGUUCAAUGCGCACGAGGUAUUUGAGCUGCAUUGCCCCAAGCCAAAAGCGGGGCAAUACAUCAUAAAACACGAUGGAAAAUCUAUAUUUUUAGCAGGUGCAGUCUUUUCAACUCUCGCACUUUUUAACCACUCAUGUGACCCAGGAGUUGUAAGAUAUUUUUGCGGUCCGUACGUCGUUGUACGAGCUGUAAAAAAUAUAAAGAAAGGCCAAGAAGUCGCUGAAAACUAUGGACCCAUAUUUACAACAGUUUCAAAACAGAAACGUCAAGCUGAUCUUAAAGAUCAGUAUUGGUUCGACUGUACUUGUACUCCUUGUGAACAAAAUUGGCCAACGUACGCUGAGAUGACCGAAAACUAUAUGCGUUUUAAAUGCGACUCUGAUCGCCCUUGCCCCAAUGUUGUACCAGUGCCGUAUGAUUGUAAAGAAUUUAUGGUUCAAUGUGGUCUGUGUCAACAAUAUACCAACAUUCUGAGAGGAUUGAAAUCGUUACAAGACACAGAGAUCAUGUACAAACUUGGCCGUGCAGCUAUGGCAGAAGGAAAAUAUGGAGAAGCCAUGAAGAAAUUCAUUGAGAUGUUAAAGCUAUACGAUGCUACCUUAUCUCCACCCUAUCAGUCUUAUUAUGACUGUGUUCAAGACCUGAGACGCUGUAUGUUAGCUUUAGGCAAUUAUAGUAUUGUUUAAAAUUUUGUUCUUAUUUAUGUGUGUAUAACAAUGAAAUUACUCAUGUCACUAAUAAAACUUAGAUAAUGUGUUUAAAGUUCAAACA